AAGCACCUCUUGCCCCUUAUGCUGCCUGCAUUUCCUGACACCCAAGGAGCCGGCCAGCUACGCCUCGCCUCGUGGAUUAUAAGGGCCAGGGCUACAGUUGGCAGGUUUGGGCAUUCCAAGCCAUCUGCUUUGUUUAUUCGCUUGCCCUUCCAAGUAAAAGCGAAGAAAAGGGAAAGGGGGAAAAAGCGAGCCUCUGACAACUUGGACGGCUUCGAUACAAUUGCAUUCUCGGUCAAGUAUUUUCUGAUGGCAUUCCUUGAUAUGGUGUUUAUAAGGAUGGCUCUGAAGGAACUGGGAACAGCAACAUUCCUGUGGAUCCAGAUGUGAGUUUUGCUGUGAGUGUCUGAUGAUAAUGACAGUGACACAGACUCAGUAGGUAUCUACGCAUCCAAUCUGCAGCCAUGACCCAAAAGAAUCCCUAGUUCCAGAGGUGCAGUUCCUCCAAGGCCCUUUACAGGAGGUGGGCACAGCCUCCUCAGACCACACCUGAAAGAUGAGUGAUGGCACAUGGAUCACGCUUAGUCCAGCAGAAUUUGCUCAGCUCCAGCAGUAUUCUGAUUAUUCUACUAAGAAACUGAAAGAUGUCUUGGAAGAGUUCCAUGGGGAUGGUAUUCUAGCAAAAUAUAAUCCAGAACAGAAGCAAGACACUCUAAACCAACCUAUUGACUAUGAAGGGUUCCAGCUCUUCAUGAGAACUUAUCUGGAGGUGGAUAUUCCAGAAGAGCUCUGCCAACACCUCUUCAUGUCCUUCAAACGAAAAGUCUGCCAGUAUUCUCCAGAGAGCCAGCGGCAAAGUUCCAGCAUUCCACAGCUCAGCAAUCUUGAGUCCAAGACCAUUGACACAGGUAUCUCCAUCCAGACUGAAGUCGCUUGUGCUCCUGUUACAGGGAUCAAUGGGAAAACCCUCCUAAGUACCAUGGGAAGGCACACACCUGAAUCCAAAAGCUCCCAGCCAAACCUGGCAGAGCAACAAUCAGCAUCUCUGAGUCCCACUCCGACUGCCAAUGCUAAUGCCCUUGGGAAUGCCUCUCCUAACUGGUCCAGAUCAUCCUCACAGAAGUCCACUGCCGGUACCCCCUCUGCUCACAACUCCUCAGGGUCCUCCAAGAUCUCCUCAGGUUCUGUGCUUAGCCCUCAAUCCCCAGGCUCCAGAAGCUUGGAGAAGAAAUUACCAUUCAACCUCCGAAAGAGCCACAUCUCCCUGAAAACAGCCAACCCGCCAGCCCCACUGGCUCAGGUAGUCUACCUGAAGGACAUUGUCUGCUACCUGUCACUGCUGGAAAGGGGACGGGCUGAGGAUAAGCUGGAGUUUAUGUUCCGCCUCUAUGAUACAGAUGGCAAUGGCCUCCUGGACAGCUCGGAGCUGGAUCGGAUAAUCAAUCAGAUGGUUCAUGUGGCUGAAUAUCUGGAGUGGGACUCCACAGAAUUAAGGCCGAUCUUGAAAGAGAUGAUGGAAGAAAUAGAUUAUGACCAUGAUGGAACUGUGACACUGGAAGAGUGGAUUCGGGGUGGCAUGACCACCAUACCACUGCUGGUCCUGCUGGGCAUGGAAACAAAUGUGAAGGACGAUGGGCAGCACGCCUGGAGGCUAAAACACUUCAAGAAGCCUGCCUACUGCAACUUUUGUCGCACUAUGCUGCUGGGUGUCAGGAAGCAAGGCUUGUGCUGUUCUUUUUGUAAAUACACGGUCCAUGAAAGAUGUGUAUCCAAAGACAUUGCCCCCUGCAUCAGCACUUAUGUGAAAUCCAAGAGAAAUACAAAUGUUAUGCAGCAUACAUGGAUUGAGGGGAACUCCCCAGCCAAGUGCGAUAGAUGCCAUAAAAGUAUCAAGUGCUACCAGGGCAUUACCGGACUUCACUGCGUUUGGUGCCAAAUCACACUUCACAACAAAUGUGCCUCUCAUGUGAAACCUGAAUGUGAUGGAGGGCAGCUCAAGGACCACAUCUUACUGCCUUCCCAUAUCUGUCCAGUGGUUCUGGACAGGCAAUCCCACCCAAGAAGAUCAGACAGUGAAUCACCAUCCAGCACUACGCCAGAUGACACAAACCUGACCUUCAGAUUCAAUACCACUACCGGGGAUGGACAUGGGCUGCAGAUUACCCCUAAGCCUGGAACACAUCCACUGUUGGUGUUUGUGAACCCCAAGAGUGGAGGGAGGCAAGGAGAAAGGGUUCAUCGGAAAUUCCAUUAUCUACUCAAUCCCAGACAAGUUUACAACCUGGACCGAGGGGGACCCACUCCUGGAUUAAUUUUUUUCUGUGAUGCACCAGACUUUAGAAUUCUGGCUUGUGGAGGGGAUGGGACCGUUGGAUGGAUCCUGGACUGCAUAGAUAAGAUAAAUUUAGCAAAGCACCCUCCUGUGGCCAUCCUGCCCCUAGGGACUGGCAACGACCUUGCACGCUGUCUCCGAUGGGGAGGAGGUUAUGAAGGAGGCAACUUGAUAAAAGUUUUGAAGGACAUUGAGCACAGUACAGAGGUAAUGCUGGACCGAUGGCAAAUUGAUGUCAUCCCCAAUGACAAAGAGGAGAAUGGGGAUCCUGUCCCAUACAGCAUCAUCAACAAUUAUUUCUCCAUAGGAGUGGAUGCAUCCAUUGCACACAGAUUCCACAUGAUGAGAGAAAAACAUCCUGAAAAAUUCAACAGCAGAAUGAAGAAUAAACUGUGGUACUUUGAAUUUGGCACAACAGAAACCUUUGCUGCCACCUGCAAGAAGCUCCAUGACUAUAUAGAGAUUGAGUGUGAUGGAACCAUUUUGGAUUUGAGUAACACUUCACUGGAGGGUGUUGCAGUCCUCAACAUUCCCAGCAUGUACGGAGGCUCCAACCUGUGGGGGGAGACCAAGAAACAACGUGGCUAUAACCGGAUGAGCAAGAAAGCACCUGAAAAGUUACAAUCCUCUGUUGUUACAGAUGCCAAAGAGCUCAAGUUCUGUGUCCAAGACCUCAGUGAUCAACUCCUGGAAGUUGUGGGGCUUGAAGGGGCAAUGGAAAUGGGGCAGAUCUACACUGGAUUGAAGAGUGCUGGCAAGAGGCUCGCCCAGUGUUCCUCCGUCACCAUCAGGACAACCAAACUGCUGCCCAUGCAAGUGGAUGGAGAGCCUUGGAUGCAGCCUCCUUGCACAAUAAAAAUUACCCACAAAAGCCAAGUGCCAAUGUUGCUAGGACCUCCCCAAAAGAGCAGCUUCUUCUUCCUGAGGAGGAGGCACCGAACUCGAGACUAAGCAAAGAACAAUCUUCAGAAGCAGCAGCCCUCCAUUCCAGUUGCAACCACACAGAGGAAAAGCCUAUGGAAAAGAAACCUUCAUCCCUUCAGAUUUCCUGGCUUUUGAAUCUGCUUCGGAAACAUCAGUCUGGAGGCAGCAUUAUGAACUCUUAGUGGAAAAUAACAGGGUUGGCAUUCGACAGUUGAACUGAAAUAGCGGUGUGGGUUUGUAUAUACAUGCACACAUAGCCACAUUCUCUAAAUAUCACUGGAAGGGAAAACACUAACAUUGAUGGUUCAGGAGGAUUUUUCUCCCCUACAGUGCCACAGUCCAAGGAGAGGAAACUCAACUGCUCUGGCUGGCCUGUGGUGAAAGCUGGGACUCUUCUGAAGAGAGCUGUUCUGAGCAACCAUGAAUUACACACCCCUGUCAGAAAGCAAACAGACAUGAAAACAGCAUGUCUGACGUAGCACCUGCAGAUGCAAUGUGGGAGCGCUUCCAUUUCAUUCAGACUCUCCAGAACCCACAAACUUGCUGUUGAAGCCCCAAACUUGGCUAAAAACCAAGCUUUGCUUAUUUAUUUAUUUUUAAAAGGAUGUCAGAAGACAUUUGGCAUCCCUCUGUACUGCACUUGUGGUCACCAAAUCCUACACUUUAUUAGAAACGGUAUUUAUUUAUUUUUCUUAGUUUAGCAAACAUGGGAGAGAUGAGAAGGGAAAGGAGGUGCACAUUAUUUUUUCAGCUCUUACAGUAACAAUGUCAUUUGCUAGCUUUGUUCGUGUGAGUGUGAGAGAGAGAGUAGAAACAGAAGGAGCUAGCUAGCUAUGCAUUCCAUUUUGAAAGCAUAUGAAUGCAGAAAGCAAUUGUUGCCAAGAGGAAGCCAGAAAGAGUGAGGUCAACAGUAAAAGACGAGAGUCUCUAUUAGACAACUCAGGGUAUUUUACACGUAUGGAUAACUAGUCACAGUUUGGUAUGAUGACAGCCUCAGUAAAUCUGGGGGUACUUACAGCUUCGAUAUAGACCUCUCUGUUAAUAUUUUUGUAUUCUUGUUUCACUUCCAGACGGUUUUUCUUCCAUUCAGUCCAAACAGAUUUAGCACAUGAAGAACGUUACAAAUUUUCCCCUAGCAGCUUUAGUUAUGAGAGAGCUCUUCUGAACUCUCUCAUCAUGGGACUGGUUUAGUCCAGUGGCAAAUAAUGUGAGUAAAUAAAGCAACAUGUCUUGAAAACAUGUCAAGAAUUUAAUACAAAACAAAAUGCUAAUUCUAUGGCAGGUGUUUGGAUGCCAUUAAAGGCCAACUUUGUUUCAUCAUGGAAUUUAAUCAAACUCUGAGGUCAAACUCAAGAGUUAUUUUUUCAUGCAUUUGUUUCUAUAGGAGGAGCAUAGAGAACUCUAAGACUACAAUCCUAUACAAACUUACCUGGGAGUAAGUCCCACUGAUUUCAAUAGGAUGUAAUGCUGAGUGCUUACAUUGGACUGCAGUGCACAGAACACAUGGAUGCAAGAGAUUAAAAUGGCCAUAGUUUAGAAAGCAAAUGAAUAGCUAGUUUACCUCCUAUGCUUUCAUUCUUUAUCUCUUUCUUAACUGCAUAGAUCAUCAGUCAAAUUUUGAAUUGGCCAACAGUAGAAUGUGGCAGGCAAUGCCAUUCCAGAUCAUGUUGUGUUUAGCUCAGCAGUAUCCCACAUGCCAUCUUGGUAUGAUCACCGUUUUUUGUUCAAGAGAGGCUGGGAGGUGGAAUUAAUGAACAGCUUGAAUCGCUUGUAACAGGACUAUUCUUCAAAACAGAUUAAUCAUUGGCAAAUGGGCCUACAAAAAAGGAUGUUUAUUACAUCACCCAAGGAAAUGAGUCUGAGCCAAGAAGGUGUUCUUAGUGAAAGCCGCUUCUGUAUGAUUUCCAGAUCGUAUUUGGGGGUUCUGCCACCUGGCUUAAUGCUGUUCAAGGUUGCUAAGUGUACCUCACUCACCUUUAACCACAGAAGAUAAGGCAGUGCUUGUUGACUUUCCUUGCUGGGCGACAAGGCAGCAUUCAAGGCUCUUUUCUGCAUGUCCAGCACAAAGGAAUGCACUCUCUGAGCUAUUCUUUAUAUGUCUGGAAAAAGCUAGUGGCAGAAAUCCAUCUACUACGCCUAUUUAUUUAACUGUUUAAAUAAGGAGGAAGGAUGUUCUCAGUUAAUGUAAUUCUUUCUACAAGCAGUUGUCUGGCUUCAUCCAGAACAGACUUCCCCCACUGGUGCCUUCUGGGUGUGUUAGACUGCAACCCCCUUCAUUGUGAGGAUGAUGGGAGUUGCAGUCCAAUACAUCUGGAGCACACUGUUUUGGGGAAGGCUUCACCUAGAAAGGACUACAUCUAGCACUCUGAAUAAGCCAGGAUAUCAUAUGGAGACCUUGUUAUCCCUCACAACAGUACUGUCUUUUUCACAGAGGUUAUUGUGAUCUACACAGUGCUGGAGCACUGCUCUUUUCAAAUCUGAUGGUUGUGCAAGAGGCGCAGUUGGAACAAACUGUGAUAAUGAGUGUGCAGGUUGGUCCUUAGACUUGGAAAUCUGUGGGAUUUUCCCCAAACAGGUAAAUGUUGGUCUCAUGGUUCCAGGGGUAUUUGAGCCCUGUUUACUGCAUUGCUUGUAUGGGGACUACAGACAGCAGCUCUCACAGCGAGACUAUUUAUAUCCCACAGACCAUGUGCUACUUAUUAUGUGGGGCAGAAUAUCGCCUGUUGGCUAUCAGCUUCACUAUCCUGUCUAUUUGCCCUCCAUUGUUUCCUCCUGUCUCUCCCGGCAUCUUUGUUUCUAAAUGAUCUUUGUCUCUUGUCUUCGCUUUUUUCCCCUUCUUAUUUUCCAUGUUGGUUCUUAACCACAAUGACCAAAAUAGCCAUGAUGCAAAACCAGCAUAUAUUCCUUUCUCAUAUACAUACACACAAACACACACAUGUAUAGUCAUUGAUAUUUUUCUCUGGUUUUGGAUUGGUCUAAUGGAUACACAGUAAAGGACAAAUAAGAAGAAAGUCUCCAGAAGACCCUGCUUAUGGGUUGCCAAGUAGAAAAAUAGCACAAUGGGAAGUAGCAUCCUUCUGAGGGUUUUAACACAGUUGCUGCCAUCUCUUAGCCCAGUCUAUCAACUUGAAAUACUAAAAACUUUAGAAUAAUAGAAUAUACAUUUACGGAAGUUUACGUGGACAAUUACAGAUGGGAACAUACUAAUG